AUUUUACUGUAUAUGCUAAUGAAGUUAAAUUUCACUAACUUGGUUUUCAUGUUUUUUAGGGUCAAAAUGAAGGGAAAAAAAAGACAGAAGUUUUUUCUGUCUUCAAAAUCCCAACGGAAGAACGUUCAAGUUGUUGGACAAUGGAAGCCAGUGAAUAUAGACCCAGCCCUCCUCGGUGAUGAAGAUUUUGGGAAUCUGGUUUGUUUUGAAGAGCUUACAGACUAUCAGUUGGUUAGUGCUGGCAAGUUGACAGAUGAAGAAACAAGAAAAAGGAAGUCUGAUAAUUUGGAGGUGUCAGAAUGUUCAGAGAAGCAGAAAAUUAGUGGUAAUGAUUUACCAGAAUUGGUACAAGCCAGAAAGAAAAAGAUGAAAAAAAUGGUCACUGUUGACCACGCUGGGGAUGAAGUGGGCAUUACUGACUUCUCUGAAGAUAUGAAUCAGCUUGAAUUUUCAGAUAAAAAUGAAACAGCAGAGGCAGAAACAAAUGUUACUGCAGUUUCAAAGAAAAGGAAGAGGAAGAAAAAGAAGUCUGUAGUUUCUCAGUCCUCCACACCAGCCAUGAAAGUGAAAAAUUGGACAAUGCAUCAUUCCUGUUCAUCUGAGCAGACAACUGAUGUUUCUGCCUGGAAAGACCUGUUUGUCCCAGAACCAGUACUCCGUGCCCUUAGUUCUCUUGGUUAUACUGCUCCUACUCCCAUCCAAGCCCUGGUACUGCCACCUGCUAUUAGAGACAAAUUAGAUAUUCUUGGUGCUGCAGAAACAGGCAGUGGUAAAACACUAGCAUUUGCUAUUCCCAUGAUCCACCUUAUCCUAGAGUGGAGGAAGGCUAAAGAUGCUAAAUUGAAAACAAGUGAGGAAGUACAGCACGGCAUCCAGGAUACUAAUGAUGCAGUCAGUGAUAGACUGGAAAACACUGGUGAACACCUGGAGGAAUACGAGGAAGCAGAUGGGAUUGACGAGAAUCCUGCAUGUCAUAAUGAAAGCUCUGUAAAAGUGAUCAACAAUGUAAAUUUAGAUCUUCAUGCAGCUUCCAAUAUUGAAAAUCCAUUAUUGGGCCUUGUUUUGACUCCAACAAGAGAAUUAGCUGUCCAGGUAAAGCAUCAUAUUGAUGCUGUUGCCAAAUUCACUGGGAUCAAAACUGCAACAAUUGUUGGAGGAAUGGCUGCUCAGAAGCAGGAAAGGGUUUUGAACUGCAGACCUGAAAUUGUGAUUGCAACACCAGGGAGAUUAUGGGAACUGAUAAAGGAGAGACACCCGCAUCUCUGUCAUUUGAAACAGCUCCGGUGCCUGGUUAUUGACGAAGCAGAUCGGAUGGUUGAAAAGGGACAUUUUUCAGAGUUGUGUCAGCUACUAGAGAUGCUGCAUGAAAAGGAAUACCAUCCAAAAAGAAGAAUCUUCAUAUUUUCUGCAACUUUAACCAUGGUUCAUCAGGCUCCUGCAAGAAUACUGGGAAAGAAGAAUGUCAAAACAAUCAAUACAGAAACAAAAUUAGAAGCCUUGAUACAAAAAGUAGGCAUUAAAAGAAAACCAAAAAUAAUAGAUUUAUCCAGGAAAGAGGGUACAGUUGAGACCCUCACUGAAACCAGGAUUCACUGUGAAAUAGAAGAAAAAGAUGUCUACCUAUAUUAUUUCCUGCUUCAGUAUCCAGGCCGAACAAUGGUCUUUGCAAAUAGCAUAGAUUGUAUCAAACGUCUGAACGCACUGCUCACUAUCCUAGAAUGUAAUCCACUGCCACUGCAUGCAAACAUGCAUCAGAAACAGAGGUUGAAGAAUUUAGAACGGUUUGCUGAAAGAGAGAGCUGUGUUUUAUUAACCACUGAUGUUGCAGCUCGAGGUCUGGAUAUUCCAAAUGUACAGCAUGUUAUUCAUUAUCAGGUUCCUCGCACCAGCGAAAUAUAUGUCCACAGGAGUGGCAGAACAGCUCGAGCCACAAGAGCAGGUCUCGCAUUGAUGUUAGUUGGGCCAAAUGAUAUGAUUCACUUUAAAAAGAUAUGCAAAACAUUGGGCAAAAAUGAAAAUAUUCCACUUUUUCCAGUACAAGCUAAAUGUAUGUCUGCAAUAAAGGCCCGUGUCAAUAUAGCAAGGAGUAUAGAAAAGAUGGAAUACCAGCACAAUAAAGCACAGCAACAUAACAGUUGGUUUCAGCAAGCUGCUGAAGCUCUUGAAGUUGAUUUGGAGGAUGAUGUCCUCAUGGAUGGAGGCUGUAACGGUGAUGAAAAGCAAAGGCAAAGGACGUUAAAAGGAAUGAAGAAACAGCUGAAAUAUUUGCUUUUGCAACCAGUGUUUAAGGACUACCUGAAGACCAAGUACCCAACACAAUUUGGUAGGCUAACAUUGCCUAAUUUGCCAUUAGCCAGCCGAGAAACUGCUUUAAGCACUGUCAAAAAGCAUAAAAAUACAAAAAAGCGCAAGUUGUGUGAACAAAUACAAUGAAAGAAUCAUUCUUUUGUUAAAAUAACUGAUGCAACAAGCUCAUACCAGUGUAUAAUUCAGUGGCUAUAUCUUUUAUUGCAUUUAAUAAAAUCCCAGAACUUGUACAGUACUGUUGUCUUCAAUAUGAAGAUUUAAAAUCUUAAUCAAUUGUAUCCUCAAAGCACAGAGGAUACAAGUUUUAAAGCAUUGUAAAUAAACAGCAUGUCCAGAACGUG